GUGGCACUAGGAAAUCAUAUCACAUACGUAGUGCGUAGCUUUCUUUUAUCAAUUCCAACCUUUAGGUGAUAUAUAGUGCUCCUUGAAAUUUUUUGAUAAUAUGGGAUGAGUGAUACUUAGGAUGUUUUUUUUGUACAAUUUUCAGUCCCAGACCAGACCAACAAAUUUCAGUCCAAAAGAAAACAUCGUUAAACAGAAAGAACCAAAUUUUGUUUACCUCUCAAAAGAGGGUGAACAUCACCCCCACCCCAUUGUCAGCACUACUUAUCCUGGUUUUUUGAAAAACACAAACAACAUCUCAUAUCUAGAAGGGAGAGCGAUUCUUGCACCGACAAUUGAUGAGGUAGACAAGAUCAAUGAUUUCAUGUUGCUACAGAAUAGCUCAAAGGAAAAGACCGUUUUUAGUUCUGAUUCAGCGUGUUCCCCUACCUCAGAGUCUCAGACAAUGAGCUCCUUCAAGAAAUCCAUUCUCCCGAGUUCCUUAACGGAAUAAAAUGUUCAGGUGUUCCAAGUCACGAGUUCAAGCUAAAAGUUGGUGUACCGGUGAUGCUCAUGAGGAAUAUAGAUCACUCGGCCGGCUUGUGUAAUUGUACCCGACUUUUAGUGACAAAACUUGGUGCACAUAUUAUUGAGUCACAGAUGAUGUCUGAUACUAAUGCAGGUGAGAAGUUUCUUAUUCCCAGGAUAAGUCUAACCCCAUCGGAUGUGAGGCUCCCUUUCACAUUUACGCAUAGGCAAUUCCCCUUGAUGGUUAGCUAUGCGAUGACGAUGAACAAGAGCCAAGAACAAUCUUUAGAAAAUGUGGGUGUCUUUCUAUGACGUCCUGUUUUUACACAUGGACAUUUAUAUGUUGCAGUUUAGGUGAUGAGCCCGUCUGGCUUGAAGUUUGUGAUACGCGACGACGAGGGAAAUCAGAAAAAUACCGCAAAAAAUGUUGCCUACAAAGAAGUUUUCAAUAAUUUGUAACUUGUGUGCUUAUUAAACUUCAAAUAUUUUUUAUUACAUAUUUAUUAAUGGUUACUCUCAUUCCUUUGAUAAAUUAUAAUAUAAUCUUUAAUUUUAUUUAAAAUUGGAGUUUAGAGUAUAAGUAUUUUACACCCCGUGCAACGCAC